AAAUGUGGGCUGUCGGUAGGAGGGACUUCCUUGACAAGGCGGAAAAGGGCUUCUGGCAGCUACGAGAUCCAACCUUCAAAAGAAGCCGGCUCUUUUCACGCUUUUUUUGUUACGUUUAUAAUUUUUGCGCGGAUUUAUACACACACAUAUAUAUGGCUGCCAAAGGGAUGAACCUGUGCACUGUGUGCUGUUUGAUACUCUGGGCUAUUACGGCGGUGUUCGCCGGGCGCGAUUUUUACAAGAUAUUGGGUGUUACCAAGAGUGCAUCUAUCAGGGACAUAAAGAAAGCCUACAGGAAGCUAGCUCUCCAGUUACACCCCGAUAGGAACCAAGACGACCCCAAAGCUCAGGAUAAGUUUGCCGACUUGGGCGCAGCCUACGAGGUUCUUUCAGAUGAAGAAAAGAGGAAACAGUAUGACGCCUAUGGAGAAGAUGGCCUUAAGGAAGGCCACCACGGCUCACACAAUGACAUCUUCUCUAGUUUCUUUGGCGACUUCGGUUUCAUGUUUGGCGGCAACCGGCAACAACAGGACCGAAACAUCCCCAGAGGGAAUGACAUCAUAUUAGACCUGGAGGUCACACUGGAAGAGGUCUACUCUGGGAACUUUGUGGAGGUGGUACGUAACAAGCCCAUAGCCAAAGAAGCUCCCGGGAAAAGGAAGUGCAACUGCAGACAGGAAAUGAGGACCACGCAGCUCGGCCCGGGCCGCUUCCAGAUGACCCAAGAGAUGGUGUGCGACGAGUGUCCCAAUGUGAAGUUGGUGAAUGAGGAGAGAACCUUGGAGGUGGAAAUUGAACAAGGGGUGAGAGAUGAGAUGGAAUACCCUUUCAUCGGAGAAGGGGAACCUCACAUCGACGGAGAACCUGGAGAUCUACGCUUCCGCAUCAAAGUGCUAAAACACCCAGUAUUUGAACGUAGAGGGGAUGACCUGUACACAAACGUCACCAUCUCCCUAGUGGAGGCGCUGGUCGGCUUUGAGAUGGACAUCGUCCACUUGGACGGACACAAGGUGCACAUCAUGCGAGACAAGGUGACCAAGCCCGGUGCCAGGAUGUGGAAGAAAGGCGAAGGCCUGCCUAACUUCGACAACAUCAACAUUCGCGGCUCUCUCAUCAUCACCUUCGACGUGGAGUUCCCUCAGACACAGCUGGAUGAGCAACAGAAAAAGGGUGUACAUGAUCUUCUGAAACAAGGCUCUGUACAGAAGGUGUAUAAUGGACUACAAGGAUACUAGCAUCUCUAGUAGUACAGUACAUGCUUCUUGGAUGGACUUGUACAAGACACCGCACACAAACAGGACAAAGGGUGGGAUCGUCCUUCCAGUCUUAUUUAUGGUUUUCCAACUCAGGAUGACUUGGAUCCCUUUUUGUUUUUACAUUUCAACAUUUUCCCCCUUUUAAAGUACACAGCUACAAGGUUUAAGGUUAUAACUAGACUGUAUGAAAAAAGUGGUGGUUUGGAAUAAAUGGAAUGAGUCAAGGGAUAUUUACUCAUAAUUGGAGUCUCCCACUGCUGGCUAUCAAUGAGUAAGCAGGUUUUAUGAGCAAUAGCCUCCUGCUUUUGGACUAAAGAAACUCUCUGUCCACAUCUUUGACAUGGUCUUUGGUUUACAUCACCCAUUCUGCUCAAUGCUGAAGAACAACUGAGAAACUGUACAGUGGGAUGCUGUACAACAACAAACAAAAGCAAGCUCAACGAAAGGAUUUUCCCUGGUGGAAUGUUCUGCAUCCUCCCAUUUGUCCCUAAUUAUACAUGAAUGUUUUAUUUUGAAGGAAGGCUUUACACGUCUUAGUGCCUCUUUUUACUGACCCUCCUCCUGGGCUUGACACUCAAAAGGAUAAAUGUUUCCCAAUUAGUGUUAUAUGUAUCAACGCUGCCUCCUUGUUAUGACAUUGCAACAGCCAUCAAUGUGAAUUAACGUUUUUUUGUUGUUUUUU